GUGAGGUUCCGCACAGAAGAGGACGGGAACGGUGGACAUUGGACUCCUUAGAGCUGUACUUGCAUAUAGUACAUACUGAUACGAGGAGGACCCCACAUGCAUAGGCGGCUCCUCUCCCAGCGACCGCCGCCUGCCUCGCGGCUGGGGCCUUGGAGAUACCCCGCCUCUGUCGCCAUUGUGAGGCGGAGAGCAGCAGCGUCAGUGAGGACCUUCACUUCCAGCACCCUCACUUCACCGACUCCGGCACCGAAAUACAAGCUGCUGCCGGUGGACCUCAACAUCCCAGUUCUCACAAAGCAGCUGGAGAACCGCCAGAUUGCGAAAUUGGAGCUGCCUAAUGGGAUAAAGGGGGUGGUGAUCUCCGACAAGGAGUCGCCCGUCACAGGAGCCUCGCUGUCGGUGGAGGCAGGAAGUUGGAUGGACGGCAUACACGAUGGCACGGCACACUUUACAGAACACAUGCUGUUCCUUGGGACCAAAACAUAUCCCAAUGAAUACGACUACGAACGAUUCAUUUAUGACCACAAUGGUGCCUUGAACGGGUACACAGCAUCCGACCACUCCCUCUACUACUUCCAAUCCGUGACACCAGAUGCCUUCGACGGCGCUCUAGACCGGUUCUCGCGAUUCUUCUACGAGCCGCUCUUCAACGAGUCGUGCGUCGAUCGCGAGAUGAACGCAGUGGACCAGGAGUUCAAGAAGAACAUCGAGCAGGACGGAUGGCGCGUACUGCAUGUGCGAAAAGAACUGGCCGACCCCAAACAUCCGUUCGCGGGGUUCAACACGGGGAAUCUGGAGACGAUGAAGCUGAUUGAUCAAGAUUACUUGAAGGGCUGGUUUCGGAAGAACUACAGUGCGAAUCUGAUGAACUUUGCACUGCUGGGGAAAGAUUCUAUCCCGGUGCUUGCAGAAAAGGCAGCCGCGGCAUUUAGUCCUAUCCCAAAUAGCGACGUCCCGAUCCUCUCCACCACCAACGGACGCGUGUUCCCAGACUCCCUGCACGGCACCCUGACGUGGGUGGAGCCCAUCAAGAACCUACGGGAGCUGACGCUCUCAUGGGAGAUUCCGUUCAAAUACCACGACAUGUCGACGAAGCCUGCUAACCUCGCCUCGAAGGUGUUGGGGUACGAAGGGACGAACUCGCUGUUGUCGCUUUUGAGGGCCCAUGAGCUUGCGGAGGGGUUGUCGGCUGGGAAAAGCCAUCUGGGGGCUGAUAACCUGCUGUUUGAGGUGUCCAUCUCGUUGACGGAGAAAGGGGUUAGGGAAUGGAGGGGAGUGGUUUCUCGCGUUUUUCAGGCCAUCAAUGCAUUGGCGGAGCAACCGUAUCCCGAGCACCUCUUUGAGGAGGAAAACUACAUGCGCAAGAUAGGCUACCAAUACCAACAACGCAACUCCUCCAUCGCAACCCACUUCUGCGGCCUCCUCCGCAAAGAAGGCCUCGAGACCUUCCCCCGCCGCUCCUACUUCAUCGACCGCUUCGAUCCAGACGCCGCGCGCGCCCUGUUCACCGAGCUGGUCCCCAAUAAAUGCAUGUACACGAUAAUCGCGCCGCCCAACGCAGAGGUCAAGCUUGAUAGGACCGAAAAGUGGAUGGGCGCGAAAUAUGCAAACCGACCGAUUGCUGACGAGGUUGCGCGGUGGACGGGGCUGGGACCGGGCACGGAGGUGAAAUACCCGAAGCCGAACCCGUAUGUGCCGCAGAAUCUGAAGAUCGUUCCACGCCGUGACGGUCCGCCUGUGAUGCUUUCCACGAAUGGGGUCGGUGGUCGGGUGUCCUCGACGAAGAGCCACCCGCUUCGGCCACAAAUCCGCGCGUACUCGCUGUCGGCACACCCUCCGCCGGCGUCGACCAAGAGGCUGAAUGUCGGGAUCAUUGGUGCUGGGCCGGCUGGCUUUUAUACCGCUCAACAUCUGCUGAAGAACCUGCCUAAUGUGCAUGUGGAUAUGUAUGACUCCUUACCCAUCCCGUAUGGUUUGAUUAGAUAUGGCGUUGCGCCGGAUCAUUGGGAAGUCAAGAACGUUAUCCACAAAUUUGACCUCCUCUCCCAAGACCCCCGCUUCACCUUCAUCGGCAACGUCACCAUCGGGCGGGACCUCGACCUAACCGAGCUCAAACCCCGCUAUGACGCCCUGCUCUUCUCCUACGGCGCCAGCGAGGACCAAAAACUCUCCCUCCCCAACGAAGACACCAUCCCCAACGUCUUCUCCGCGCGCGCGUUCGUCGGGUGGUAUAACGGGACACCGGAGUAUGCGGAUCUGAAACCGGAUUUGGUCAGCAGUGAUACGGCGGUGGUGGUCGGGCAGGGGAAUGUGGCGUUGGAUGUGGCGAGGACACUGUUGAGGCCGGUGGAGGAGCUGGCGAAGACGGAUAUUACGGAGUACGCGUUGGAGGCGCUGAGGGGGAGUCGGGUUAGACAUGUGCGGCUUGUGGGUCGACGGGGGCCGUUGCAGAUCGCAUUCACGUCAAAAGAGCUCCGAGAAAUGAUCGCCCUCCCCGACACCAAACUCAACCUCGACGUCGCCCUCCUGGACUCCCACGUCAAAGCCAGCGCCUCCAUCAUGGACCGCCAACGCCAACGCCUCAUGGAUCUUCUCCGCAAAGGCGCUACAAAGACCUUCCCGGCCAACAACCCGCCAACAAAAUCAUGGACGCUCGAUUUCCUCCGUAGUCCCGUGGCACUCGAAACGCGAGACGAUGGGCAACUGGAAGCAAUGAUGGUGGAGAGGAAUAGGCUGGAGGGGGAUUUAGGGGCUCCGAAGGCGGUGGGCACGGGUGAGAUGGAAGUGUUGAAGGCGGGGUUGUUGGUGAGGAGCAUUGGGUAUAGGAGCGCGCCGUUGCCCGGGUUGCCGUUUGAUGAAAGGAGGGGACGGGUGCCGAAUGUCAGAGGGAGGGUUGUUGAUGAGGACAACACAACACCCUCACCACCCCUCUACGUCGCCGGCUGGGUCAAACGCGGCCCGACAGGCGUCAUCGCCGCCACCAUGUACGACGCCGUCGAGACCGCCGAUACCAUCAUCGACGACGUGCGGAGCGGCAACAUCCCUUCUCUCACCCCCGCCACCUCGAAAACAUCCGGCGGUUUUGCAUCCGUUAAACCCCUCCUGGACGCACGAGGAAUUCAGACGGUGUCGUUUGAGGGGUGGAAGCGGAUAGAUGAUGUUGAGGUGCGAAGAGGAGAAGAGGUGGGGAAGCCGAGGGAGAAGGUUGUUAGGGUGGAGGAUAUGUUGAGAGUUGCUGGUGACAAACCCCUCUCCCCCCAACUCACCAACCCCACCGACCCCGCCGGCAAACUGUACUUCUAUCCCGACUCCGAAUUCCUCGUCCCGGAAUGCCUGCACGCCUUCACACUGAAGACCCCCAAGAUCCGUCCGAACAACCCGCGCUCCAUCGUCCUCGCCCACCUCUACACCCGCUUCGUCAACGAACGGCUCACCGAGCUCUCCUACGACGCCGCCUCCGCGGGCUUACACUACGACGUCGCCGUCGCACCGGGCGACACGGGCAUCGCGGUCUCUGUUGAGGGGUACAGCGAGAAAGCGCAGUUGUUGCUGGAGAGCGUGUUGGGGUGCGUGCGAGAGCCCGGGUUUACGGAGGCGGAGUUUGGGAUCUUUAGGGAGAGUGCGAGUAGAGGGUAUCGGGAUGCGGGGAGGGACGGGCCUGUGAGGCAGGCGAUGGAGUGCAUGUCGGCAGUGGUUUAUGAGGAGUAUUGUACUUCUGCUCAGGUGCGGUUGUGUGGUUGGUGGGGCAUCCCUUUUUUUUGCUGACCGUCGUGGCUAACUGACAAUGAAUUUUAUGGGCGGCAGCUCGCAGAAGCGGUGGACUCUAUAACCCUCGCCGACCUUGAACACUUCUCCCGCACCCUCUUCGACACCCGCUACAUCGAAGCUUUCGUCGGCGGCAACGUCACCGAGCACGAUGCGCGGCGUUCAUGGGACACUUUGCACCGCAUGCUCCCCGGCCAGCCAUGCGCGCCUUCGGAGGUGUCGCGAACAAAAGUGCGCCCGUUCACGAAUACCCGCCCCAUGCUGCAUGAGAUGGCGGUGGAUGUGAAGGGGAACGCGGUGGUGUGGGCGUUGAACGUGGGGAGAAAAAGCUAUGAGUUGCGGGCGGCGCAGGAGUUGUUGGUGAAGUUGGUCAAGGAGCCGUUUUAUACGGAGUUGCGGACUCGGCAGCAGGUACAAGUGUCAUGUCCCCCUCUCGCGUCUCAAGUUGGGGUGGGUCCGUGAAUUGUCCCCAGUCAAAC